CUGGGAAGGACUUUCUAAUGUGGAAGCACAAGCUAUGGAAUGCGGAGCUGAGUGUGGGGGUAGACUCUUUCUUUGGAAAGAUUUCCAAGGUGGUGAGGUCUUCCUGUCCUCUCUGUCCUCCUCUACCUGCUGUCUGUCGAAUCUUUUCCAGAGUGGGGGCUAGGUGCUGUGAUCUUUAGGGGGCCCUGACAACCCAAGCUCAGUGAGAACAGCCGCCUCCUCAGAGCACAGCAUCCCAAUCUGUCCGGCUCAAGAGGCACCUCCUCUUGUCACUCCGGGCUGUCAGCAAGCAUCCAACCUGCUUUCUAGGUCCCAACUCCAGCUGGUGCCUUUGGGCUGAUCUCGAGUCUGCACGGGAUCUCUCCAGUGGGGCGGAUUUACAGUCCCUUGGUGGAAAUAGGCCUUCAGGCAGAUGCCCUGUACCCCGUGGUUCUAGGCAGGCCAAGAGAUGCUCAGAAGGGAGGUGGGAGGAAGGGCAUGGGUUCCCCCGAUUCCACCUCCCAUAUCUCUAGUAUUCCUCCCUGGCCACUUCCCCAGUGGAGCUUUACUGGGGUUCUCCAGGGAGUGUGGCUUCUCCAGGACCCUGUGUAGGGUUUAGUGCUGGGCUGAGCAGGUUCCCAAACUCCCACCCCAGACUCAAACACUUUCGUCAGUUAGAUCAGGGAAUACAGACCCGUUCUGUACGAGGUUGAGUUAAGAAGGAGAGCUGGCUGUGAAAUAGAUAUGGAAACCAUGUGACUUGCUUUCCAAAGUGAAACAGAAGUAAUUUUUUGUUUAUCUAUGUCCUUGCAACCUGUUUUGUAUCUCUUCAAGGGCCGAUUGUGUAUUCCAGUAGAAUCAGGGGUGUGCUCCUGUUGGAGAUAGCAAUGGUCACCUGGUGCUACUGUUCAUUGAGUGCCCAGAUAAGUUACUGCGCCAGCCUCAUCCUCACAGGGGGCCUGCCAAGCCAGCCUUCUCCUCCCAUCGUGCCCAGACAAAACAAAGGCUCAAAGAAUUGUUACUUGAUCAAGGCCACAAGCUGUUAACGGUGGAGUCACAGUUUGAACUCGGAUCUUACCCCACAGCACGCUUCAUUCAUUCAUUCAUUCAUUCAUUCAUUCAUUCCACUCAAUACAUAUUUAUUUCUCUUUACAUUCCAUCUUGCCCCCCAUCUUCCUCUCCACGGGGCACAGAGCUAGAGCAUGCAGGAGGGGCUCCCUUCCGGGGAGGUGUGGGUGCCCCUCACCACCGCCCCUGGUCUCCUCUUCCCCAUGAGGAGUUCGGUGCUCAGUGCCCCUCCCUCCCUUUGCUAGUACUGAACUCAGCUUUCCAUAGAAGAUGAUUUGACACAUUCCAGAAGAAGGGAACCAUGACCUGCUAGAGCCCAGAAAAGAUCUCAUUCAAUCCCUCAUCAUCCCGACACGGACACAGAGGCCCCAAAAGGGAAAGGGUCUCCCCCAAGGCCAGCUCACUUCUGGCACAGCCUGGACCAGAACGAGGGUCUCCCAAUUCCCACCACAGUGAGGUAUUCCAAGGGAGGACUGCCCUCCUUUGGGGGUCCAGCAGGGCCCCCUCUGCUCUCCUGAGCCUGCAGAAUUCUGCUGCUUCCUGGCUCCCUCCUGCCUGGGCUCUCCACAUGUGCCAGCUGGGCUGGAGAAUUCUCUGCUGCUCUCCUAAGUGGCCACAGUCUGCAAAGACCAGAGAGGCCUAUGGGAAGCCGCAUAAAGCCAUCAGCUCCCUUCCCACCACGGCAGGCCUUUCCACUUCGCUGGAAAAGGAAUUUUGCCCGUGUUAGCGCCCUGGCCAUCCCAGUGAGGUCUCCCUGCAGCAGCUACUCACAGGUCAUUGAGUCUGAAUGCAGAUGGGAUGGUUUUUUCCUGUCCCACGGGAUGAGUCAGAAACAGUCACCCAUAGCAGGUGGGGCCAGUUGGCCUUGGUCCUUUUGCCAUCCCGGUCUUCCUUGGAGAGGUGGAGAGAAUCACAUCUCAGUGCAGAAAGAGCUGAGAAUGCCAAGGUCUGGGUCCGGUUUUCUUGCGUGUACUAUCCAGAUACAAGAUGGUGGUGACCCCCCGGAGGGCGGCGGUGGCCAUCGCCGGCUGCUGGAUCCUCUCCUUGGUGGUGGGGCUGACCCCUAUGUUUGGCUGGAACAAUCUGAGCGCAGUGGAGCGGGCCUGGGCAGCCAACGGCAGCAUGGGGGAGCCCGUGAUCAAGUGCGAGUUCGAGAAGGUCAUCAGCAUGGAGUACAUGGUCUACUUCAACUUCUUUGUGUGGGUGCUGCCCCCGCUUCUCCUCAUGGUCCUCAUCUACCUGGAGGUCUUCUACCUAAUCCGCAAGCAGCUCAGCAAGAAGGUAUCGGCCUCCUCUGGCGACCCGCAGAAGUACUAUGGGAAGGAACUGAAGAUCGCCAAGUCGCUGGCCCUCAUCCUCUUCCUCUUUGCUCUCAGCUGGCUGCCUUUGCACAUCCUCAACUGCAUCACCCUCUUCUGCCCGUCCUGCCACAAGCCCAGUAUCCUCACCUACAUUGCCAUCUUCCUCACGCACGGCAACUCAGCCAUGAACCCUAUCGUCUACGCCUUCCGCAUCCAGAAGUUCCGCGUCACCUUCCUUAAGAUUUGGAAUGACCAUUUCCGCUGCCAGCCUGCACCCCCCAUUGACGAGGAUCUCCCAGAAGAGAGGCCUGAUGACUAGACCCCACCUUCUGCUCCCACCAGCCCACAUCCAGUGGGGUCUCAGUCCAGUCCUCACUUGCUCACUGUCCCGGGGGUCUCCCUGAGCCUGCCCCAGCUGGGUUGUGGGCCAGGGGCACGGGGGAGGCUCUGAAGAGAUACCCACAGAGUGUGGUCCCUCCACUAGGAGUUAACUACCCUAUACUUCUGGGCCCUGCAGGAGGCUUGGGAGGGCAGGGAUCCUACAGAGGGACCGGGUGUCCAGAGGCAAGAGUGUCCUGAGCCUCCACCUGCCUGACCAUCCCAUGAGCAGUCCAGUGCUUCAGGGCUGGGCAGGUCCUGGGGAGGCCAAGACUGCAGAGGAGCCACCUGGGCUGGGAGAAGGUGCUUGGGCUUCUGCAGUGAGCCAGGGGAGUCUGCUUGUCUUAGAUGUUGGUGGUGCAGCCCCAGGACCAAGCUUAAGGAGAGGAGAGCAUCCCCUCUGAGACGGAUGGAAGGAGAGAGGUCGAGGACGCACUGGCCUGCCUGUCUCUCCUGUUCUGUAGGAGAAGGUGGCCAGAGGCAUCUAAGGGGCAGGAAUCAAGGCGCCUCCAUUCCCACCUCUGAGGACUCUGGGCCCCAGGCCAUACCAGGUGCUAGGGUGCCUGCUCUCCUUGCUGUGGGUCAGCCCAGGAUUGUACGUGGGAGGGGCAGAAAGGGUAGGUUCAGAAAUCAUUUCUGAUAUUUGCUGGAGUGCUGGCUCCAUGCCCUGGGGAGUGAGCUUGGUGCGGUAGGUGCUGGCUUCAAACAGCCAUGAGGUGGCAGCUCUGAGCCCUCCUUCUUGCCCUGAGUUUUCCAGGGAGGAGCCUGGAGUGUAAUUACCUGUCAUCUGGGCCACCAGCUCCACUGGCCCACCCGAUGCUGGGCCUGAACUGUCCUAGGUGACCCCAUCUCUGCUGCUUCUGGGCCUAAUGGAGAGGAGAACCCUAGACAUUCUGCCUGCCUGGGGACGGGGUGGACAAAGGAAAGGGUCUGUAAGGACUCAGUGUUGACUGUGGGUCCCCCUGGGGUGGGUUUAGCAGGCUGCAGCAGGCAGAGGAGAGCACCCCCCAAGAGUGUGUGGGAGAAGGCCUUGCUGUCAUGUGAAUCCCUCAAUAACCCUAGUAUUUGUCUGGGUUUUCAGGGACUUUGGAAGCUCUAUUGCAGGUGUCUGGGGGUCUAGGACUUUAGGGAUCUGGGGAAGGACCAACCCAUGCCCUGCCAAGCCUGGAGCCCCUGUGUUGGGGGGGUGAGGCAGGGAGCCUGGAGCCUCGGUGGAGGGGAGGAAAGGCGGGGGAGCCUGGAGCCCCCAUGGAGGGGAGGUAAGGCGGGGGAGCCUGGAGCCCUGGUGGAGGGGAGGUAAGGUGGGGGAGCCUGGAGCCCCCGUGUAGCGGGGGGCGAGGGGGGGGAGGGGAGGUGGUCACUGAGUUGACCUUCUGAACAUGAGUGUCAACUCCAGGCCUUGCUUCCAGGCCCUUCCCUCUGUUGGAAAGGGGGUGUGCCCUGGCUCCCAAGGGAGGCCCAUGUGACUAAUAAAAAACUGUGAACCCUG